GCACUUCCACAUGCUGUUCUGGAGCUUCUGCCUCUGUGUUUAAGGGUUAUUUCUGUCCAACCAACAUGAACGUAACUUCUUGAAUUUGAAAAGCUUGAUGGGCAGCUCCAGGCUCUUAUGUCCCGCUCUUGAUGACACAUUUGAGCCGGUUGUUUCUGAGUUUGAACAAAGUGUGUUUUACGACGCUUUGUGGGCUCAAUCACACAAUACAGCGGUGGCAAUUACAGACACGCAUGGCAAAAGUGCACCUUUCUAGUUAUUAUGUAACAACUGAGUCACGGCCCACAUCAUUACUGCUCUGCUUCCAUCUGGAUUUUAACCAACGCAAAUUGCUCCACAUGUGGACUUUAUUCCCGUGUUUUGUUACUCAGCAUGUCUGUCCAGCUGUUGGGAUUGGAUGUAUUAUCACUGCCAGGAUGAGCUUAGCUCUGUGUGUGUUUGUGUGUGUAAACCAGUGUUUACUGGUGCAACAGAACAAGUUGCUUUUUGCACCUCAAAGUGGAAAUCAUAACAAACGGUGUGUAUGUUAGAAUUCUUCUGUAGGGUCUCUGAGCCAGACGUGUUUCCUGCCAGUAAGAUGGUUUCCUUCACUCAGCCUGUGCAGUGAGAAUAGAACUGUCGUACUGAGAACAGAGACUCUGAAGUCUCCUAAAGGAAACAACAUGGUGGUUAGCUGACAGUCAGUGUGUGUACUUAUGUGCUACUGUAGUUGGAUUGACACACGUUAUUGUGUGUGUUUUAUAAGUGUUUUAAGUGUGUACAAAGUGACUCUGUGCACGGAGGCUUAUCUGUGAUUUAAUCAUGUUUUCUAAAGCGUCACACAAAACACUGUUUUUCCUCAUUUUCAGAUGAUUGUUUUUUUAGUGCUUUUGUGAUAAAAAAACAUUUUGUAUUUGUAUUACGAUCACAACAACUAGUCAUGGUUCAAGUGAAAAUACAGGAUGUCAGAACAGGAGUCACAAAGUGCUUCACAGUAAAAGACAAAAGCAAAACAGUUCUCAGAUGAUUUCAGAAAAAACAACAUUGCAGCUAAAAAGGAUUUUUCAGCAAUAAGUUGUAAAUGAAGAGACAUGUCUGCAUUGUUGUCUUUAGGUCGGUGUCCCUGCGUCCAUGUGGCCUGCAGACGGGGCCGUCAUUACAGAGGGACCCAGUCAUGCAUGACGGGCAAAAAACAUUCUCAGCAUCUAAUAAACAUUUUUUUUAUUUUUUAUUGCUGAAAGAUAUCAGAGAGGUCCAUGUACCAGCUGUAGUUGCUAUGGUUGACCACUAGAUUGUGCUGCGAUGUGACCCGUAGCAAGGUGACACUGCCAGCUGGUUACCGUGGAAACAGUAGUGCGUGACACUCCGGCAACCGUUUCACUGGCCAUGACUCAGCGUGUGUGUGUGUGUGUGUGUGAGUGUGUGUGUGAGUGUGUGUGUGAGAGAGAUGAUGCAGGAGGAGGGGAGUAGAGGACUAACCCAAAUUGAUGGACAGGACCGGGCUGAAACAGGCUGGGAGAGAUAGAAAUACAUAAACAUAGAGGUGGAAAGAUGGAAUUGGCCUGCAGACGGCAAUUCGUCUCAGAGUUUCUAGAGUUCUUCAGAUGACGACAGUUUCAUAUUAAGAGCUGCAGUGAGAGACUCGAGCACAGAGCUCUGUGUCCCUGCAGUGUGAGACGGUUAUUACCAUGAAGGCAUGGUGGUGGAUCUAUAUACUCUAUCUAUAUAUAUAUCUAUCUAUCUAUCUAAAAAAAAAUACAUACGUUGGACUACACUGCAAAUAUACUAUAUAAAUGGCAUAUUCUUAUGUUCGGAGUUCUUUCUGCUCUUAUCAAAUAGAGAGUGAAAAAACAAGACACGUUAGUGCAGUAAAGUUCAGGAAAUGUUGUGACAGAAUGCUUUUUCUCUUUGACUCAAAGUAAUAAGAGUAAUAUUGAAAUGUACAUGUUUGUACUGUAUAUUGAACACCAUGAGUCCAAUCACAGCUCACAGUUUUAAUGGUAGUCGGUGUAUUACAGCUCAAACCCGCAGAAAGAGAAUCCUUAAGCCACUGCAGAGUCGUCAUGAGACAGAUAUUCUCUGUUACACAAGAUAUGUGACCCAAAUAGAGAAAUCUUCAAUAUCCACACUAUUCCUACCAGCCGCUUUGGUCUGAUGAUGAACAUGAUGAUGAUGGAGUCGUUCCUGGAAACAAGCCUCCAGCUCUUUGUGACCAGAACGCGUUUGUGCAAACGAGUGACUCAGCACAUCACUUGAUGAUAGGAAGGCUCUCAGUGAGCUUUCAUUUGGACUAAUAACUGUUGUUCGUCAUUAUUCUACUGGCACAUGAAGUCACAGACGAGGUGUCAUCUCCGGCUUACCUCACUCUGUCAGCUGGCCCAGACAACCUGCUUAGUCGGCAAUCCUGCUCAAACAGCGUCAAACUCCGAGGUUUUUAAUAACAUCUUCUCUGUGUAUGUUCUGCAAAUGUCCAUCAGCCAACAGCUCAUUUCUGCAACACUGCAGACAUGUUGCCCGCCGAAGCACGCAGACAAGCUUUCUGUAGCAUCUAUGAAAAGAGUCCCAGUUGACAAUAGUAAGAUGUUUUGAUGAAUACCAUUCAUACGUUCACAUGUUCAUCAUCAUUGGGAAUCGAACCCUGGCGAUAUUGAUCCCACUACUCUCCAUUUACACUUGACUGUAGUAGCUCAGUGAAGCCACUAGGUGACACCAGUUAGCUCAGUGUUAAAGACUCAUCCCUGUCCAUGGGCCCUCCUCCUGUUGCACUGUGUCUGCCUGUGAUUGGCUCAGCGAGCUGUACAUUAAUAUUCUGAGUUGUUUCAUCAGCGUCUCUCUGACUUGCUUCCAGGCAGAAUCAGCAGGUGGGGUUACUUUAUCAGUGCCGUUGCUUGGCACUGAUUUAGGCCUGUCCUGCAUCCGUUGAUUGCCGACUGUACAGGUUAAAAAUUACUUCACUGUAGACUUGUGUGGACGCUGUCAGGAGCACAAGUAAAAAACAGCACUACUAAAAAUGCAAAAGCCAUGCCAGAUGUUUAUCUUUUCAUACAAACCUCUUUUGUCUUCUCAAUGCUUGUUAGUCCUUUUCAUUUUACCGUGGUAACAAUCAGUCAUGAGGUUUCUCAGCAACACAGACUGCAUUCAAUGACUUUAUUUUCAGUUCGGUUUAUUGUCACCUGUUUAAUCUCGUUCAGUAAUAUGAAUGACUUUGAGGUCAAUGCUUUGGGGAGCGUGGCAUAAUAUUUUGUGUAACUUGGACGCAGCAGUGGAGCUCUGAAGUGCUUGCAGAGCCAGAACUCCCGACACACAUCACCACCAUGGUGAAUGUACGGAAGCCCAAGAGGCAAAUGAGAAACAAUAUUCUGGUGAUCAAUUUUCCAAGUCAGAUCUUAACUGUUUUGUCUCCUGUGUUUAUGACUUAAGAACAGGUGGAAAAGGUUUUGCCAGGAACAUCUUUCUAAGUUCCUUGAAUUAGAACUCAUUUAGUCCUAUUUAGAACAUCGGGCAGUGGUGCUCUUCAGCCUCUUGUGGCCGACCUGAGUACUACAACAUCUAACACUUAAAAAUGAUCCCGCCAAAAAUACAUUCACCUGCCAAAACUUGGAUAAUUCUGGCAAUUCCUUUGUUUCACCUGUCGCUAAACAAUUUAGGCCAGAAUAACAAGAUUUUUUUUUUCUCACAUCCCUUUCAGGCUCCCGUAGUAGUGGGCUAAUAUACAAUGUCAUCUUUUGUUUUUAGCAGUGAUCUUAACAAUUAUUCAAAUUUUCUUUUUCAAAACGCUUUGGAAUAUAAUAACAUAAAGACUCUGCAUCUUAAAGCUCCUCUGAGUGCAGAUGGAAUAUAAACUUAUUAUAAUUAAAAUGUAAAGAUCAAUCGCUGUGCUUCAGAGCACAUUACUGUCAACAGAGCUGCUAGAUAUUUGAUGAAAAGAGUUUCUGAAAGUAUGUCAUGCAGCGGUUGUGCUGGGUUCAGACGGAGGCUGCAGUCUGAUGCUGUCGAUGCCAUGUAGCCUCAGUGAAGCCUCGGGGGCUUGAUUAGUGCUUCUCUCCCAUUGGUUCAUGCCUUCUCCAUGUGUGUUUGUGUGUGUUGUUCUCUUUCGGUUAAUGAGAGAAGAUGGAUCAUGCCUGUUCUUGGUCUCCAUCCAUAUCUGUCUCUCUGAAAACAUUCACCGAACAUUAGGCACUUGCUUUAAGUACCAUGAGUUCAUACAUCAGCAGUGUCGGUGACGAACCCUUUCCCCCUGCAGUGUUGCUGCCAUGCUGCACUGUACGGGAUCUCAUGCAUGUAUGAGCUGUGUUGUUCAGCCUGUGUGCAGCGAUGGUGGGUGGAAGCUUAUCGAGGCUUUAAGGAUGUGUGUGUGUGGCAACACGCCUUUAAAUGUGUCCACAGUGUAGGAAGGGAGUUACAGAUCACAGUGCUUUUGGGUGGAACAUAAAACAUCACAAUUUCUGUCCGGUUGACAACCACAUUUCACACUUCAAUGUCUAUUCGGACUGCAACUGAUUUUUAUUUUCAUUAGCGAUUAAUCUGUGAAUUGUUUGCUGAUCAAACUGUAUAAUAUCAGGAUCACAAGUUCCCAAAACCCGAUUUAACAGUCCAAAGAGAACAAGAUGGUCACAGCUCUGCUACCAGAAAUAUUUUGGCAUAAAUGAUCUAAACAGAUAAUCCAUCCGUCAAUAAUCGUUUUAGCACUGCACUAAUCGUUUGUAGAUUUAAAAAAUCGGAUUGAAAGGAUGUGUUUUGGAUUAAUCCGGUGGAUUAAAUGGCUGUAAAAUCCAGGUACUUUAUCACAUUGAUGCAGAAAGUCCUGCACAUCCCAUGUUGCCAUUAAACAGCCUGGAAUGAAGGUAUACAACCAGUGAUACUGAAAGCGUAGCUACCUCUGUAUUAAUAGUAUAGACGUAUACAUUGACUCAAGCGUGUGUGCCCCCCCCCCCUCUCUUGAUCCUUUCACAGCCUUCAUCCGUCCGCUCCUGUUUUUCUUCUGUACUUUUCAACUUUCUCUUAAUUCCCUCAAAUCUCUUUCCUCCCUCCCUCCCUCCCUCACCCUGCGCCUCUCCUCUUCACUCCCAGAGCCAUUCAUAACCUGUAGCUUGAUGGACAGAUGGCGACUGAGGGAAAUAGAUGGGAAAAGAAGAAACGGAUUGAAGUGCAAGCCGGCUUCUCAUUUAUGUUGCGGAGACUCACCAGUCUUCAGAUGUGAUUUCUCUCCUGCUCGCUGUCAUUCAAGGGAAGCUUUUGGGUCAAGUGUAUGUGUGUGUGUGUGUGUGUGUGUGUGUGUGUGUGUGUGUGUGUGUGAUGUGUGAUGUGUGUUUUUGUGGCAUAGAAGCUGCUCACUAACAGCCGAGAGAGAGAGAGAGCGAGCUAGAGGUAGAGAGAGAGGCAGGAGUGACGAGGAAGCGGAUAGGAGGAGGAGAGCCAUGCAGGGAGGGGUGGAUUGUGAGAGUGAGAGAUCGAGCAGAAGAGAGUGUGAAGCUGCAGCAGCCGGUAGAUAAAAGCUUUUCUCUCCCUCCACCCGGCGUCUGCAAGCGAGGGAUAAAGCGGAGGAGCUAAACCUGGCGAGGGAGAGACGGAUCCAUGCUGCCUGCAGUCACCGGAGCUCCCGGCUUCCAUCGGAUCAGCAGGCCUCAAACCACAAAACGCACUGCAGGACAAGACACACUCGAGGACACGUAUGCAGACGGGCUCACACAGCUGACCAGGGGACCGCCCCAAGCUCGCAGGCACAAACACACACUCGCCCCGUCUCCAGGACAGCCGCACACUUGCUGUGUCUCUGGCCUCCACCGUGUCAAUCGGAUCAAUCUCGCCAUGCUUGUCUGAGGGAGCCACGGUUGUCUUUUAACCGGAGACGCCCUGCGUACUUGUUUUUUUGCUCCCUGCACGUCUUUGUGUUUUUAAGGGGACAUGGAGUGCGGCCCCUCUUGUCCUAACCUCCGCCGCUGUGCUGCGUGGAGUUCAAGACUGCCCUUCACUGGACGCUGAAUCCCUUUGGCUCUGUUCCAGACACACAUCGCCACCUGAAGUAGGUCUGCUACUUUUAGCUGGAUCCGGCUCCUACGCGAGAUGCCUUCCUAAUUAGAUCAGUGGAUGUGAGGAGUUAUUAAGAGACAAACAGGCACCAGAGAGGACAGAGUUUGUCAGGCUGUUACCAUCGUCGCACUGCACCACCUGAUGAAGGGGAAGCUUGCUUGAGUAACUGACACGGGAGACUGACACGGGAGGUUUAUGAUUGGACAGCGCUGGAACACAAUUCCCAGCCAACUCUGGUCCACAGGGAGUCCCACACUGAGGUGGGGGGAUCUUUAGACUGGUAUCCAGGGGAGAGGCAUGAGAUGCUAAGCUGUCUGGGGAGCUUACGGUGGAGUCUGUCUGUGCUUGGCUGCCCCCAGAUUCAGACCGGCCCCCUCUCUACGGCACACAGCUGCUUUUUGUGGGUUUUCUGGACUACAGUGAGUUUGAUUCCACAGGUAUGUGGCCGCCCCACAUGAUCAUCGUAAAGACCGUGAACCUUUCUGCAAAUCUUGCCAAUGGGAUAAAUUAACGCCGGCAAUUUUGGAUCCCAAUAUAUUGACAGCAACAGUCCCUUAAGAGGAGCGCACACAAGCUGGAUGGAUCGACACGUCACUCGAGACACCAGCUCAAUGGGCAGGAUAACUCGUGGGAGGAUGACGAGGAGAAGCAUCAGGGCGGGAAGCCGCAAGCUCUGAUUGAGUAUUUAACAAGCUGUCGGAGUAUUGGCUGAAUCUCCCUGCAAGCCGUGGCAGCAUUGGCUGACUGCGCUUAUCCCUCACCCACAACCAAUCUGGACACUGCGCUGCCUCGGCAGAAUGAGACACCGAGCCCGCCGUCACUACGAUAGGUAUCGACAGCUUCAACGUUGAUACUACUUCCACUACGAGCACCGUGACGGAUAGGAUUCCCACCGAUCUCUGUUGUGUGGUUGACUCGCGUUACGGAUCGUACUUCUCUCCCUCUUGCACUGCAAUAACAUUACCACAGUAGGAGGGAGAGACAUCAUUAAUUCAUGAGCUCAGAUAGCUGCUAGAUCCGAGUGUAGAUAGAGCUGUUGGAUUACCCACUGCAAAAUGAGAGGGAUCUGAAUGAAACGGCAGCAGCAGUGGUGUUUUCCUCAGUCACCUCUUAUAGUUGAAGGAACUCUGACAUUGAAUCAAGAAGUGAGAAAAUACACACAUGCAGGUUGCGUGAAGCAGCUGGCGCUUCACUAAUGGCCUGAAUAGCACCGGACUGCACUGCAAUUUGUCUCUCUCCCACACUCCUCAUCCCGCCUGACACAUUGCCUUACACCAGGUAACGGCUCACCUGCCAAAAGCCCGGUGAUAAAUCAGACACUUGACCCUAAUAUCUCUUAUUGUCCUCCUUGUGUGGCUCUGCUAGCAUAGCCGUGUCCUCGUGUCCUUGACUGCAGCCACAAGUCUUCUGGGAUAAACAGACCGAGCAAAGCAGGAAGCUGCCCGCCUUGUUACACACACUGUUACACAGCAGGGCCCUUGGAGAGAGCAGUGGUCCCUUCGGGAGCCUCGGUGAAGGACGGGUGGGAGCUCUGACACGUCGGCCUGCAGCUGUCAGCCUUGUGACUGAACCAAAAGACGGACUUUCCGUCUCGCUCCUUCGGUGAUGGUUAUACCAACCCUGUCUUAAUUCACCAAGGUGGGUUUAAGAUGCUGCCAUGGAAAAUGGAGCUAGGUGCACUGUUCCCUACUUCCCAUUACUCACAGGUGUCAGAUUAUUGAGGGAGAUGUCAGUCACUUACUAGCCUAUCUGUACAUUUCCCCUCUACUGUCUUUUUUUGAAGGAUGGGAUUUUUGCUCUCUAACACCAAAUGAUGUUCGAACCCAAAUGAACAUUGUCCCUGUCUGAUGGAUUAACCACCUGUAUUUGUACACUGUUAUCUGUCAACAACAAGGACAUGGGGAGCUCCAUGGGUUGUGUCAGGCCUUCUCGGGAGGGGGAACUCGCUGGAGCCCCCCCACUUUUGCCCAAGAAACGUCUACGUUUCAGGCGUAAGCACAAGGGCAAGAAGAACAGGAAAGGAGAGUCAGAACAGGAUGACUUUGAGCGACAAAGACGCCAUGGGCCCGAUGAAAGAGAGGAAGAGGAUGAAGACGAUGGGGGAAAGGCCGCACUUAUAGACACAGCAGAUUUUAGCAACAGAGCCGGGACUCUUACUCCAGUGCCUGAUAUCCAGUCAGCUCAUUCCAAAACUAAUCUGCACAGCAAUACCCUUUCCCCUGGCUCUGUGAGUGCCAGUGUGAUGGGCAACAGGAUACUUGAUGUGUCCCCCAAGCCCAGUCCAGCCUGGAGAGGAGUUUUCUGCCUCCCAGGGGAGGAAGACACUGUCAGCGCCAUCAUAGACGUCUCCAGCAUCCCGAGCCAAACCACAACCACCACCCCGGUCAACACGGCCCCAUCCCUGGGCAGUACCACUCCAGGCGGAGGGAGGGUCUGUCGCGUUAAGGAGAAAGUCCAAGGGGUCCUGGAGAAACCUUGGGUCCUUCGACAAAAGAAGGAGAAAAAAGACAAGGGGAAGAAAGAGAGAGAGGAAAAGGGGGAUGGGGGGGUCAAAGGAGGACCAGAGGGAACUAUAGCGGUGUUGCGGACGCACUCAGGGAGGGAGCACAAAGGUGUGGCCCACAUCCGUGAGGUGGAUGGUAAGCUCUGCGUGGUGAGGACGGUGUACCCCAGUGAUUUUGGCUCACCAGUGUGGAGGGGCGAAAGUGACAGUGAGGUAGAGGUGCGCAAAGAGCCCCUUGCCCCGUCUCCAGUCACAGGGAAUAUUCUCAAAGUCCAGCUGUCUGACGAGGACAAAAGUAGAGCCAAAAUGUCUGCAUGGGAUUUCCCCAUGUCCUCUAACCAAAUCCCAAUUCAGGAGACUAUUGCUGUCGAGGGUUUGAGCUUGGGUACUCCAGUUCGUGCACAGGAGCAGUCCUCUCUGUUAGAGUCAGGCUAUGCCAGCGACCUGCCGCUGACCUCUCCAGAAACGGCGGGCACCACGCCCAGUCAGACGGACUGGGGAGGGCUGACCAGUAGCUCAUCAGAGAGACUCGACUCAAUGAUGGAGAGUCCUCUGUCGCUGCAGCAACAGGCCACUGUAAAAUACCUGCCACAGAUUUCAGAGAUCUACGUGAGCGGCGAGUCGGGCGACCUCACGGCCAAAGAGAAGCUGUUGCUAUGGAGCCAGCAGGCGACAGAAGGCUACCCCGGCCUCCGCUGCACCAACUUCACCUCAUCCUGGAGCAACGGACGCAUGUUCAACGCUCUGCUGCACAGAUACAGGCCAGACCUGAUCGACAUGGAGGCGGUGUCGCGGCAGAGUAACCGGGAGAACCUCGAGCAGGCCUUCGAGAUCGCCGAGUCGCUAGGGGUGACCAGUCUGCUGGACGCUGAGGAUGUUGAUGUUCCAUCUCCAGACGAGAAGUCGGUCAUCACCUACGUCUCCUCCAUCUAUGAUGCCUUCCCCAAAAUCCCUGAGGGAGGAGAGGGCAUCACCGCACAGGAGGUGGACCAGCGCUGGUCAGAGUACCAGUCCAGGUUCUCCUCUCUGCUCCAGUGGAGCCGCCAGCAUACGGCCCUCAUGGCCAACAAGAACUUCCCACAAAACCCUGUGGAACUCAAGGCACUUUACAACGAGUACGUCCAUUUUAAAGAGACGGAGAUCCCCGCCAAGGAGGUCGAGAAAGGUCACAUUGAACACCUCUACAAACUGCUGGAGGUAUGGAUAGAGUUUGGUCGUAUUAAGCUUCCUCAGGGCCUCCAUCCCAACGACCUCGAGGAGGAGUGGGGCAAACUCAUCCUGGAGAUGCUGGAGCGAGAGAAGGCUCUACGGCCGGCUGUGGAGAGGCUAGAACUGCUGCUUCAGAGGGCUAAUAAGAUCCAGAACAUGGCUCUGGACUGUGAGGAGAAGCUCACCCUCGCUAAGAACACACUCCAGGCUGACAUGUCUCGAGUGGAGAGCGGCGAGGCGGUGAUGUGUGAGAGAGAGCUGGCGUGCUACCUGCAGGACUGUGAGUCUCUGAUCAGACAACUCAACCAGGAGCUCAAAGUCCUCCGAGAGGAGAAGUACUACCAGGUGGAGCAGCUGGUGUUCAGAGUGUCUUGCCUUCAAGAGGAGCUGGUCUCCCUCAGACUGCAGUGCUCCAACGUCUACAGGAAAGGCCACUUCUCCCAGGCCCUGGGCACCACGGGGGCAGAGCACCCCAGCCAGAGAGCCACGGAUGGCGGCCUGACGCUGGGCCAGACCCUGCUGGGAGCCGUGGGGGCCGUGGGUGCAGUCGGUGCUGCGCUCCUGCGGCGACCCACGGCCCGUUCCCAGCUGGUGGCCAUGUCGUCAUCAGAGGACGAAGGGAGCCUGAGGUUCAUCUACGAGCUGCUCGGAUGGGUGGAGGAGACGCAGGACCUUUUGGAGCACGCUGAAUGGGGCGCCGACCUCCCCUCCGUAGAAAACAACCUCCAAGAGCACAACGCCGUACACAGCGCGGUGGAAGAGCUCAUGAGCAGCCUGCAGGAGGCGCGCAGCUACGAGGCUAAAGUAUCCCCCAACUUCAAGAGCAGUUACUCUGAAACCCUGGUCAAGCUGGAGCACCAAUACUGCAAACUACUGGAACAUUCGUCAUGGCGCCAGCGGAGCUUGGAGAGCCUGCACGCGUUUGUGGCGCACUGCACCGAGGAGCUGAUCUGGCUCAACGAGAGGGAGGAGGAGGAGAUCGCCUUCGACUGGAGCGACAACAACGCCGGCAUGAACGCCAAGAGAGAGUUACACAGCGAAGCGAGGUUGGAGCUGGAUGAAAAACAAGAUGUGAUGAGGUCGCUCCAGGAAACAGCCAACCGCCUGUGUCUGGAGAACCAUCCAGCCAAACAGACUGUGGAGGCGUACAGCGCGGCCUUGCAGACUCAGUGGCAGUGGGUGAACCAGCUGUGCGUGUGCGUGGAGCAGCAUCUCAAAGACAACACAGCAUACUUCCAGUUCAUGAGUGAUGCUCGGGACUGUGAGUCGUACCUGCGCCAGCUCCAGGAAACCAUCAAGAGACAGUACACCUGUGACAAGAACAGCAGACUGAGCAAGCUGGAGGACCUGCUGCAGGACUCAAUGGAGGAGAAGGAGCAGCUGAUCGAGUACCGGAGCACGGUGGCGAGCCUGGUCGGCCGGGCCAAGGCGGUGGUGCAGCUCCGCCCCCGCAACGCAGAGAGCACCCUGGGACCCACAACACCCAUAAGAGCCAUCUGCGACUACAGACAGAUAGAGACAAACGUUCAGAUCACGAUAACCCGCGGCGAGGAGUGUGUGCUGGAGGACAACUCUCAGAGGACCAAGUGGAAGGUGAUCAGCACGACGGGGAACGAGGCUAUGGUCCCCUCGGUGUGUUUCACCGUCCCACCUCCCAACCAGGAGGCCAUCGACACAGCCAGCAGGGCAGAGCAGCUGUACCAGAAGGUCAUGUCUCUGUGGCAUCAACUGCAUGUGAACAUGAAGAGUGUGGUGUCCUGGCACUACCUGCUCAAAGAUAUCCGGACCGUCUCCGGAUGGAACCUGGACACGGUUCGCUGUCAGGCCCCGGCAGAGCGGCAGCAGGGUCUGGAUCACCUGGAGUCCCAGCUGGCCGACUUCCUGUUCGACAGCAAAGAGAGCUCCGUGUUCACGGCGGCCGAGAGACGAGAGCUGGAGAAGGACGUCCGGCAGGCCCAGCAGCACUGCCAGGACCUGCUGCUCAACAUGGAGACCGUGGAGAAGGACGAGUCGGUCUCCCGUUCGUACCUGUCGGAGCUGCAGAACAUCACCCUUCGUCUAAAUGAGGCCGAGCAGAGGCUGAUGAGGGGGAUUCAGACUCCGCCCCCCAGCCGGCUGUCAGGUGACAGCGCUGACAACACUGUCCAGAUAGCGGAGCAAGAGACGCUGCAGUCGGAUCUGGACGCCGUGCGCUCCAGUCUGGGCGCCGUGUCCCGGCGCUGCGUCAGUUUCUUCGAGGAGAAGCCGACGUCCUCCGCUGUUCCCGUCCUCCGGUCUGAACUCAACCAGGCCGUGGAGAAGACGGACCAACUGCACAAUCUGUCGACCGUCUACCUCGAAAAGUUAAAAACAGUGGACAUCCUGAUGCGUAGCCUGGAUGAAGCGGAGAGCCAGGUCAGGAAGAAUGAGAGCAGGCUAAGUGAAGAGGACAUCGUUCCUGCUGACACGGCGGCCAUUCAAAGCCUCAAAGAUCAACUAGGGAGACGGCAGGCCCAGCUUGUCGAGCAGGAGGGCGUCUUCCAGGCUCUGCAGUCGGAGGUGGGUCGGGCCAAAGAGGCGGGCUCCCAGCUCAGCAGGCUCCACCCAGACCGCAGCCCCGAGCUGGAGCGCUACCAGGAGAGAGCCAAUCAGGUGGCCGAGAGGUGGAGCGGAGUCAAGAGACAGAUGGAGACACGACGGACCGAUCUAGAAGCCCUGGGCUCGGCCCUGAAGCAGUACAGAUAUGGUCACUCCGCUCUGAUCAGCUGGAUCGAAGAAACGACGGAGAGACAGGAGAACACACAACCCGGACAGUCGGACAGCAAGGCGCUGUCCGAGCAGCUGGCCCAGCAGACGGCAUUAGUAGCUGAGAUUGAACAGAAUCAGGCCAAACUAGACGAGUGCCAGACUCACUCCAAACUGUACUGCGCCUCAGUGAAGGACUACGAACUGCAGCUGAUGACCUACAGAGCCUUCGUGGAAUCUACGCACAAGUCUGCUGUCAAGAGGAGGAGGAUGCACUCUUCCUCUGACGCCAUCACUCAGGAGUUCAUGGACUUGCGUACACGAUACACAGCCUUGGUCACCUUGACAACCCAACACGUAAAGUACAUCAGCGAUGCCCUGAGAAGACUAGAAGAAGAAGAGAAAGAGGUGGAGGAGGAGAAGCAGGCCAGGGUGGGGCAGGUCUCAGACCUGCUGGGCUGGGUCAAAGGCCUCCAGGGACGGACCGGGGGCCCCAACGCCGAGUCCUCACUUGCUGCUCAACAGGCCAUCAGUGAACAGCUGGCAGCCAAGAAAGACGAAGUGGCUGAAGCCAUCAGGAGCACUCAGGGCUUCCUGCUGUCGAAACAGGCCAGCAAGUUGUCCCCAGAGGAGCGUGCUCAUGUCGAGGCUCAGCUGGACGAGCUGAAGGCCGCCUACAACCAGCUGUGUAACAGCUCCUCCCAGCAGCUGCAGCAGCUGGAGCAGCAACUGGCCAAAGAGAAGGAAAGAAAGACCCAAAUUGCCAUUGCUGGAGUAAUUGACCUGGGAACAGUGGAAACAUUCCCAGUGUUCAGAGCAGCCCAACGUGGUCUUAUUGACCAGGACACCUGCCAUGUACUACUGGAGGCCCAGCUCAUUAUGGGUGGGCUCCUCCAGCCUGACUCCCCUCUCAAUCUUUCACUGGAACAAGGUCUAGCUCAAGGCCUUAUCGACACACACACUCGACAGUCCCUUUCCGAGCUAGAGAGAGCCUUGCUUUUGGUGGAAAAUACUAAGUGUACAGAUGGCCAACAACAAAAUGUGUUGCCAGCAGCUGCAGCAAUGGAGUCUGGGCUCAUCAGAGAAGAGGUGGCACUUCGCAUUUUAGAACUCCAGAUGAACACUGGAGGCCUGAGGAGCUCAAUGGGAAAAAUGAUGAGUUUGGAGCAGGCAGAUGACAAGAGACUUUUGACUCCCAGAACCCUCACUAAGCUCCAGUCAAGGCAACAACAAAAAGAGCUGAUCGAUCCAAACACAGCCGAAAAAUUAAACCUACACGAGCUACAAGAGCGCUGUGUUCUCGACGAUGACUCCGGUCUCCUUCUCUUCCCUGUCAAACAGCAACCUGGAGGAACUGUCUGCCUCCGGUCUGGAAGAAAAGUUGGCAUAUUCCGCGCCAUUCAGGAAGGUCUGAUUGAUCGGAAAGUUACUGUAAGACUUCUUGAAGCUCAGCUCUUUGCCGGUGGUAUAGCUGACCCACGGUCUGGCCACCGAUUGACAGUCGAUGAGGCUGUUCGUCAUGGGCUUAUGGACCAGGAUCUAGCCUGUGCCAUGUUAGCACGACAGCUGCAAAAUGGGGGAAUUCUAGACCCUUUCAGUGGAGAGCGCCUAGAUUUGGAAGAAAGUAUACGCAGGGAUCUUCUUUCUCCUCGAUUGGCUCUGUUGGUCCUUGAGUCUCUUUGGGCUUUCAUGGGAAUAGUCUGGCCUGAAACUGGAGAACUCCUGCCCAUUGUUGAGGCUCUUCAAAAAGGAGUGAUCUCAGGUGAGCUUUCAAGGAACAUCCUAAGGCAGCGACAUGCCAUUGGGGCUUUGUACAACCCAGAAACCCUCCAGGUGCUUCCCCUAAACCAGGCUACUGAAGAGGCCCUUGAGCCCAGUGUUGUCAGUCUUCUCAAGAACACCCACAUCCCAGAUGUUCUUUCCAGCAUGAACCAGUCAGGUACCCCAUCUCUAAACCGCCUGAGCUGGGGUUCCACCAGCUCCUCUCCACCUCCAUCGCCUUCAUCAUCUCCCGCAGGCCUUGUCUGGGAUGCAACACCAACACAUGACAUGGAUCCUGAAGAGCAAGCAAAACACAAGCUGCUGUUUCACCUCAUAACUCACAGCUAUGUGGAUGCUCAUUCCGGAAAAAGAUUGGUGCUGCUCGACCCUGAGUUGGUGGAGUUGGUCAAAGCUACUGAACUGAUUGCUGGAGCAUCUAGAAGUCAAGUUGAGCCACAAAGCAGUUUGACCACAGAUGAGCAGGAAAAGUUGAAAACGGUGAGACAGUUUAGUUUGGCAGCUAUUGGGAUAAGUGACACACAAACUGAGGUUGAGGAAGAAAGUUCCGAUGUAGUCACAUCAAAUAAAGAAGUUGAGAAGAAUGGUACAGGUAGUCUAAAAGAAAGGUAUGAUGGAGAAAAUGACUACAAACUGCUGCAUAAACCAUCAGUAACUCCAAAGAGGGAUUUAGCCUUUGAAGCUAACAAUGAAGUUGGUGUGAAUAAAAAGGUUAAAGAAAAAGCUCAAAAGAAAGAAAUAUCCGACCAUGAAAGUUUAAUGGCUUCAGCUAAAAGACCAAAUGAGCUGCUAGCAACCGAAUUCAAACCCAGGGAUAGUGGUGGCCAGCAGGGGACUAGAAGUUCGACCACAUCAGAAGAAAGGAAAACCACGACAAAACCUCUCAAGUCUAUCACACUGGGAGCAAAAGCAACUGAAGAUGUUCAAUUUAAACAAUCUGAUAUAAAGCAUUCCCAGACUGAAUUAGAAAUGACCACAGAAAAGAUGCCUAUGACGGAGACUGACUCAAAGCAUGCAAAACCUCAGAUUGAUAUCCGUGAAUCAGAAGUGGAAAAGGAAGGGGAGGAUGCUGAAUGGGCGAAGUUGGUCCUAGAGCUCAAACAGGGAGGUCUGAUGACAGAGGAAGGGGAAAAGCUGCUCCCAGAUGAGGCAGUGGCCCAAGGUGUCCUUCCUGGCCACACAGCAGUUAAAUUAAUGGCUCAGACUGGUCUGUUUGGGGGUUUCCUAGAUGCGAGCAGCAGUGAGUCACUUAGCAUGGAAGAUGUUAUGCAGGAGGGUUUACUGGGUGAAGAUCUAAUGUGGAGUGUGCUGAAGUCAGAUAAAAUGCUUGCAGGGGUUGUGGAUGUAGAGAAAAAGCAGAUCUGCGGGGUAAGGGAGGCUGCUCAGGCAGGGUUGAUCGACCCCAACACCGCUGCGCGACUUCUGGAAGCCCAGGUGGCGUCUGGGGGGAUUGUUGACCUAUGCAGAGAUAAGAAAGUCUCUGUCACCCUAGCAGCAAACCUGGGACUGAUUGAGGAGGAUCAAAGAGAAGAACUGGUGGCACUAGAGAAGGCAUACAAAGGAAAGGAUACAGAUUCAGCAACUGCCCUCACUAAAGCCAGUUUACAGCUACAGAUGGAAGGUGUUAUUGACCCAGAGUCCAAGUCUCCAGUUCCUCUAGAGCAAGCUAUUCAGAAAGGGUUAAUUAGAUCUGAAGAGGCUUAUCAGGUGUUGGCAAGGCAGGUGGCUGAGGGUGGUAUAAUACAUCAUGCUUCAGGGAUGAGGCUGUCAGUUCCUGAUGCUGUAGAUAGAAGACUAGUGGAUCGGUCCAUUGCGCCUGGGCUGGAAGAACUAGAGUGGGUCUACCAAGGAAAAGUCAGCCCUUCAUCUCACCCAGAAGCUGUCGUUUUCCAGGCAUCGACCGGAGCCAUUUUAGACCAUGACUCUGGAUGUAAACUGACAUUGACGGAGGCAGUUUCUAGGGGUCUUCUGGAUGAGAAUAUUGCCAGUGACGCCAUGACUUCUUCUACUGUAACACAAGGGGCGAUUGACCCAGAAACUGCACGCAUUGUGCCUUAUUCUGAGCUUGUAAAAAGGGGGAAGAUAGAUAUUGAAACAGGCAAACGCUUCUUGGAGGUGAAACCCUUUAGAGGUGUUCAGGAUGGGCACACAAGAGACAUCUUGACCCUUCCUGAGGCAGUUGCAUCAAAGCAAGUUGACCCAGUUCCAGCAUUGAGGCUUCUUCAAAGCCAGGCAGACAGUGGAGGGAUCAUUGACAUCAGUACUGGAGAAAGGCUUCCCCUAUUUGAAGCCUGUGAAAGAGGUUUAGUUGAAGACAAUAUGGCCAGGGUAAUAGCCACAAACCAGUUUUUGAAAGGAGGCUUACUUGAUUCUGCCACUGGGCAACAAGUCUCUAAUCUUGAGGAUGCCAUUGCAAAAGAACUGAUCUCCAGUGACAUAGCUUCAGAGAUACAGGAGAAAUUGGCUUCAGUGGAAGUGGAGGGGGAUCAAGGCAGCACUACACCUGUUGCCUCAUCAAGUGGCACAUACAGCCCUGCUGUUAUAAUGUCAGUGUCAAGGCCAGACAGUCCAGCAAACUGGUCAGACGUAAGCUCGGAGGUGCUUUCAAGACCUCCACUUUUAAAGAAAGGUUUAGGAAUUACACUGGACGAUGGAAAGAGAUUGACAUCUGUAGUAUCAGAUCACUCACUGUUUUAUGACCCUACUACAGAAGAGGACAAAAUUAAAGUGUCAGUGGAAGAAAAGGCUGCAAUUGAGCCCGACCAAUCCCUAGACAUCUUGUGUGAGUUUGUUACUAAUGUUGAGAAAAGAGUUCAGGAAGCCAUAGAAGAGAUUGUGCCGCAGACAAACAUCCGUAAAUCAGAGCCUCUUCCUAAGCAAAAGCCUGAUGAGAGAGUGCAAAUAGGUGCAAGUGAGACCGAUUAUAAACGAAAGGGGAACAUUUUCAGAGAUGGUCUUGGAGAAUCCAUUCAGGCACAUGUCUAUGAUAUCGACAAAGAUUUACAGGGAGAGGUCAGAAAAGGAGGGGCUGUUUUAAAGUCAGGUGAGGAACCCGUGAAUGUUGGGAAAAAGGAGUGUGAUGAGGGCACGUUGGUGGUUCAUCAUGAUUCUGAAGAUGGAAACCAGGCAGGUUUUGUGGCAGCAGAGUUUAGAGAUGACGGAGAAAGAAACGAUGGCAUUGAAGUGUCUAAAUUGAGUGAAGAGGAUUAUAGAAAGAGUGAUGUGGCAGCACAGAGAGAUGAUGUUGAAGACAAGAAGGGCAAUAAAGUGGAGAAAGAUAAACCUUUAAAGAUUGAGAUCAAACCUAGCAAUGACACGGAGCAGUCAGACCAGUUGUUGACCUCUCCAUCCAAAGAGACGGAAAGCAAAAGCAAGAAGAAGAGGAAGAAUAAAAGGAACGGAAAGCCCAAAGGAUCAGAGAGAGAAACGCACCUUCCAGAGAUGAGACAUUCAUCUGAAAUUGAUCAAGCUGGUGCAAAUAUUGAAGGACAGCCUGAGGCCAUUGAUGUAGUUACAUCACAAGAAGAAUACCAGAAAUCACAGAUUCAAGGGCAUCCCAAAGGAGAAAGUGAAGCAAAGAUUGCCGGGAAAGUUGAGGCUCAAAAUGAUUUGGUAAAACAGGGAACGGAAGCAGUUCCAGCAUCUCUUGAAUUGACAGAGCAUACCAUUGAGCCAGAGAAAGAUGCAGUAAAACUAGCUUUGAAGGAUACAGAAAUAGGUGAUAAGAAAGAGGAGAUAAAACGGGAAGAGCAGAAAGAGAAGGAGAAGGCUUUGGUCUCUCAGCAACCAGAACAACCAGAGAGCAGUCAGGAGGUAGCGAAAAGGAGGGAGCAAGAAUUCCCUCAGAAAUCUGCUCUCCCAAGCGACGAGAAAGUGGCCCUGAUAUUGAAAGCCAAAGAGAGCAUCCUCAAAAAGGUGUUUGAAAAAGGUGUGAGUGAGAAGCAGGCUGCGGAGGAGCUGCAUGCACUGCGCAAGGAGGUGGGGAAGAAGGAGGGUCGAGGCAGGACUGUAAAGACACAAUCUCUGCCUUCUAAGGCUGGUGGAGUGGAGGGUCAUGAUGAUGAUGUCAAGAGACCAAAUGGUUCACCUAAAGAGAGUGAGGAAGAGAUGAGGGACAAAGAAGACGAAAUGACAUUGAGAAGGGUCAAAGAAGAUAAGACCGAGAAGAAACUUUCUGUCAAGGAGGACAUGGAGACCAAGGUUUCUUCAAAUGAGAAAGAAAAGAACAGGAGCUUUGGAAAGGAAGACAUUGAAACGGCCUCGUCAGUCCAGCCUAACGAAACCAAGCAAAGUAAACGUAGAAAGAAAAACAAGAAGACUAAGAGGCUAAAAGUGACAGACAAAACCGAGCCUGACACCGAGGAGUUAACGACAGAAAAAGUGGAUUCUGACGUUGCAAAAGAAAUUACCACAAAAUCUGCAAUGGCAAAACCAGAUUCAGAUAACUCAACUUCCACUAUGGAGCAGAAGAUGGACCCACAGUCAGCCAGUGGUGUCGUGAGACCUUCAGUUGUUGAAGGGGAGACAUUUGUAAUUAAUGUUAAAGGAGAUGAGACCAGCCAACAAAGUCCACCAUAUUUAUGUCAAUCAGAGAAACCCUAUUCUCACAUUGAGGAACACGUUCAACUGGCAGCGGUUACAUCUGUUGGGAAAGAAGAAUCACAUUCAGAAACAAGGAAUGCUGCCGAAUCCAUUGGCUUUUCUCACAAGGCUGUGACGUGCAGACCAGACAUCCAACCCACAGCUCAAUCAAUUGCUGCUGGCACACAACCAGAUAAAACGGCAGGGAAAGGUAAAAAGAUGAAAAGGCACCAACCACCUGAAGUUGAUUGCACCAAUGUUCCCAAAUCAAAAGACCAACAGCAGCACCUUGAGUCCCCGGAAUCGGCGCCUUCGCUCUCAGAAGACACUUCAACCGAGUCUGAAUCGCCUGGAGUUACUGAGUCUGAUACGGCCUCCGAGAGUUGGGGGGACGGAGAAGAUGAUGUCGGAGAGAGUCGAGAAACUGUGUCAAACAAAGAGCGGAGGACAUCCUCGACCGGCAAGUCGGCAUUGAUGCGUCAGGAGUGCUUGGAGCAGGACCAGCGAAUUGUAGCCCUGCUCUCCAUGGUCAGACACGUUGAGGUCCGACUCAAACGGCAGCAACAGCAGUCUGUCGGCCGCAGCCUCAUCGCCUUGGAUGACAUCAUCGGACAGACUGAGACUCUGGACCUCGAAUUGCGAGACUUGGAGCCCACGGUUACCGAGGAAGUGGAGGCCGCUCAGGAGCUGUUGACGCCCCAACCCAAAGACGUUCCUCCGCAGCUCCUAUUGGCCUUGGAGAAGGACGGGCGGAGCUUGGCUCGAGGGUACGAGGCUGCCAGAGCACUUUCUGAGGGCAUUCUGCAAAGUCUACGAGACCGUAGAGACUCGUAUAAGGAGGCGGUAACAGCUGAGCAGAAGUCACUGGGAGGACAAGUGGAGAGUCUGCUCUCUUGGUUGCGGGAGACAGAGGUUCAGAUGAACGGUGGAAUGGCGGGGAUGGAAAAAAUGGAGAAGGCAGAGAAAGAUGACAAUCGUGAUCAGCUCACACAGCAGCUGAAUCUCUGCAAGGAGCUCCAGUCCGCUCUGACGGCUCGCUCCGGUGAGGUCAACAACGCGGCCUUUGACAUCCAGGUGUUCAUCUCGGAGCGGGCCCAGGACCUGGCCCCCGAGCAGAGCCGGCGGCUCUUGGGGCAGCUCCAGCAGCUCCAGAGGGCAUUCCACCUGGCAUCAGGCCAAGCCCAGGCCUGGGCCGACGCCCUCUCCGCCCAGAGAGCGAGGGAGGAGGAGCGGCAGCGCAGGGAGAGAGUGAAAGAAGAGGAGAAGGACAAAGACAGGCGGAGUGCAAGGGAGAGAGAGGUGGUUCAACAGCAGAAAGCCGAAUGCUCUCAGAAACUAGAAGGCCUCACCAUGUGGUUGGUUGGAGCUGCCAGCCUACUGGCCAGUCAGAAAGGUGGAGCGGAGUCAUGUGACGUGAACGCCUUGCAGGAGAAGCAGAAAAGACUGAAGGAAGCACAGAAGGACCUCCAGACCAAAGAGGAGGGCAUCGCCGAGACCAUCUGCUCCGUGGAGGAGCUCCUGGCAGACCGGAGGGAGAAUCUGAGCCCAGAGGAGCGGGAGAGCCUCCAGGGUGCGCUAACGAGAAUGAAGGAGCAGUACAGCGCUCUUAAAGAUUCAGCAAACACGUCGCUGUCAGAGCUGGACACGGCCAUCAACACCACUGUACAGCAGAACACACAAAGGGCGAAGGCUGUGGAGGAUCUCCAAGAGACCCAGGGCCAGAUAGACUCUCUGCUGAAUGAGUUGUCCUCCCUCAACCAACCAGGCGGGAGAGCAGUUGGAUCCGGAGUGGCCCAAGAUUUCGCCGAUGCGCCGUUCUCACAGCCAGAGGGCGCUGUGAUGUCACACACAGAGGCGCUGCAGGCGGAGCUUCAGCAGCUCCAGUCUCAACAGGCCCAGCUGCUUCAGAUCGCACAGUCGACCCGCUCCCUUCUGGACCGGCCCGACUCCGCUGUGCCUCCUGAAGAGAAGCAGCGGCUCCGGGCCGCCCUGGACCAGCUGCAGGCCCAGCACCAGGAGCGGCUGCAGAGCUGCCAGGACCGUCUGAGGAAGUCUGAGGCUCUGAAGGAUGAGCUGACAAAGUUCCUCCAAGAACAUGGAAGUUUAGGUGCCUGGCUGGAACAAAAUGAACAGGAACUACAUUCCCUGGCGGAAGGAGAAACCGACGCACAAGGACUGAAGAGCAGACUGGAGGAGCACAGAAAGCUGGCUGAGGAUGUGAUUUGCCACAAGGCGGACCUGCGCUUUGUUUCCAUCUCGGGUCAGAAGGUUCUGGACUCUGUCCAAGGAGCUUUGGAGCAAGUAGGCGGUUCAGACCCGGCCCUGGACAGCACCAAGCAGCUAGUAACUGACAAGCUGCAGGAUGCCAACCACAGAUACACAAGCCUGCACACCAAGUCGACAGAGUUGGGCGGCCGUUUGUCCGGCCUGUUGGAGCGGUACCAGCAGUACCAGGAUGAGGUCAUCUCCGUCCACUCUUGGCUGAGUGCUCAAGAACAGAACCAAAGCAUAGCCAAGCCCAGCGGGGAGACAGACCCCCAGAACCUGCAGGACACACUACGACAAGUACAGCUGCUGCAGGACGAGCUGGCCGAGCGUUCGGUGCAGCUGGAGAAGGUGAAGAGAGCAGGAAGAGAUCUGGUCAGCACGGACGAAUCUCCUUCCCUGAAAGCUGUUGACAUCCUCUGUGCUGCAGAUGGUUUAGAGAAGAGGUUUGGCUCCCUCUCUGCGUCCGUGUCAGAACGGUCCGAGCAGCUGCAGACGGCUGUGGCCCAGUCCGUCAGCGUCCAGGAGGGCCUCAAGGGUCUGCUGAGCUGGCUGGAGAAACUGGUUCUGAAUCCCGGACCAGUCGAACCCACCGCACAGGCCGUUCAAGACGCCAUGACACAGAACCAGAAACAUCGCCAGGAGCUGCUGUCCAGGCAGGGCAGCGUGGAGGCAACGCGAGAGUCCGUUUCCAAACUGGUCCAGAGCUCUGAUGCCUCCACGGCCUCCGGCCUCCAGGGCGCUCUCGAUAAUCUGACUCAGCGCUACGCCGCAGCACAGGCUAGCCAGGCCGAGAGGGAGGCUGAGCUCAAAGGGCUGUUGCCCAGGCUGGAGGGCUACGAGCGGCUGGGGAUCGACCUCCGGGCCUUCACCCAGAGCCGACUGAAGGCUCUGAGCCCGGCGGGCCAGCCGGACCGCAGCAUGGACGACUACAGGCAGACCACUGAGGAGGUCAGGUCCGAGCUGGAGCAGGAAGCCAGCCAGCUGAAGUCCUUCUGCAACCUCGGCACCGAGCUCAGCCAAUCGAAAGCCUUCAACAACACUCGAAGCUUAUUGGAUAACGUCAAAGGAGUGUCUGAUGAGUUCACCCAGCUGGAAGCAAAUGUCAGCACAAGGUUCGCUGCGAUCCAGGCCUGUGAGCAGCAGCUGCUCCAGUUCCGCGGACUCUCUGGCUCCCUCUCCAGGUGGCUUCAGACGGGGCAGGACCAGCUGCCGUCCAAAGAGGCCAACCUCAACACAGAGGGCCUGCAGAGGAGAGUCCAGCAGCUCACGGACUUGUUGAAUGACUGGGAGUCUCAGGGAUCACGGGUUCAGGAGCUGAACAAGACGGGCUCAGAGCUGGAGACCCUCAUCAUCGACGUCACCGCUCCUCAGGCCAAAAUGGGUGCUCCUCACAUCAAUGGCUCAUCAGGUCCCAGCAGUGUCAAUGGCAUUCACACCUGUAAAGACCUGACGGAGCUCCAGGUAGCCGUGUCCGAUGUGAACGGUCAAUAUGAGACGCUGGGCGGGGAGCUGAAGGAGCGCCUCGGUUGCCAGAAGACCUCGCUGGAGCUGAGGCAGAAGGCCAGUCAGGGCACCGACGAGCUCAAGAGCUGGCUGACGGACAGAGAGCACAGCCUGAAGCAGGGACAGACCGCCUCCCCCUCCAAGCCUGAGGCGGUACGCGCCCAGGCCCAGGAAAACAAGGUCCUGCUUUCAGAGCUGGCAGAGCACUCUGGGAAGGUGGAGGAGCUGAAGAGCACGCUGAGGAAGCUGAUUGCUGACAAUCCUGAUUCUCCUGAGGCAGACACCUGGAGACAGCAGCUGCAAGAUAUUGACUCCCGCUGGCAGACAGCCAAUCAGACCGCGGCCCAGAGGCAGACGGAGCUGGAGACGUGUGCCGACAGGCUGGGCAGCUUUGCCUCGGCGGCGGCCCAGCUGGGCCCGUGGCUGAGGGAGAAGGAGCUGAUGAUGAGCGUGCUGGGGCCGCUGAGCAUCGACCCCAACAUGCUCAACACGCAGAAACAACAAGCACAGUUCAUGCUGCGAGAGUUCGAGACCAGGCGGCCACAGUUUGAGCAGCUGACCCAGUCCGCCGAGGGGAUCCUCUCCCAGACCGACGACUCUGCUCAGGACCCCAAGGACCUGGCGGAGGUGCGAUCCGAGCUGGGCUCUAUCACCCAGCAGUGGGAGGACCUCACAAACCGACUGACCCAGAGAUCGAACCACAUCGACCAGGCCCAAGGAACCAGCGGGCAGUACCAGGCCUUGCUCCGAGAGCUCUCCUCCAGCGUUUCUGCUCUGGCUGAGAGGCUGGACGGUCAGGCCUCGCUCAGCGCCCAACCCGAGGCGCUGAAACGGCGCCUACAGGAAACCGGAGAGAUCCGCUCGGAGCUGGAGAGACGGCGCACCGAGCUGGCCGAGGCCGAGCGGCUCUGCAGCGAGCUGAGCACCAUCGUGGCCGAACCAUACCUGAAGGAAGAGCUGAGUAAACGACUGGAGAGUGUCAGCGGGCCGCUGAAGAACUUGGAGGAGCGCGCAGCCGACGGCCUGUCUCAGCUCCAGGCCGCCCUGUCGUCCACCCAGCAAUUCCAGCAGAUGUUUGAGGAGUUACGCUCCUGGCUCGACAAGCGGGCCGAUCCCAGAGAGUCCCCAAGCGACUCUCUGCCCUGUCAGCCGGAGGCCAUCCGCUCCCUGCUCGCGCAGACAGACGACCUCCAGCGCGCGGUCGCCAGCCAGCGAGGUUCCUACGAGCUGAUUCAAGCCGAGGGGGCGUCGCUGCUCGCCACCCUCCCCGCGGGCGGAGACGAGCGGUCCGCCCUGCAGUCCCGCCUUGCCGCCCUGAAGCAGGACUGGGAGGGGCUGAACCAGGGGAUCUCGGAGCGAGAGAGCAGGUUGAAGACCACGCUGAGCAAAGCGGAAGCCUACCAGCAGCUCAAGGCCGAGCUCAUACCGUGGUUAGCGGAGUGCGACCAGAAAGACGGGGAGAUCCAGCCAUCGCUGAACUCUGCGGCCCUGGACGAAGCCUUGCAGAAGGCCCGGGGUCUGGCACUGGACCUCGAAAGACGACAACCUCUUCUCCAGACCUUCAAUACUGCAGCAGAUCAGCUGCUGGAACAAUGCUGCAUCGGGGAGGAGGAGGUACGAGAUGAGAAGGCCCAGCUGAACCGCAGAGUGGACGGACUGGGCGAGACGCUCCACAACCGCACCUCCCAGCUGGAGGAGCUAGCGGGCCGCCUGAAGGAGUUUGAAGAGGGCCGGCAGGCUGCAGAGAGGAGACUGGAAGCCGCCAAGCACCAGAUUGAAGUCCAGGAGGCUCUGGGACCACAGGCAUGCAGUGCUAAGAGCCUGGAGCGGCUGAGAAGUCAACAGGAGAGUCUGAGGUCCCUGCAGCCUCAGGUGGUCUACCUCAGAGACCUGGCACAGGGGCUGGUACAGGACGCCCCCCAGACGCUGGGAGGCAGCACCAAGGGGGCACAGAGGCUUCAGGAGCAGGCCAGAGACACAGAGAGAGAGUAUGAUGGCGUAACUGACAAGAUCGAGCAUUGCUGCUCCUCCCUGGAGUCCCGGCUGCAGGGCGUCGGCGAGGUUCAGUCCCACGUACGCGACGUGUUCUCGCGCAUCGCAGACCUCGAUGACGAGCUGGACUCCCUCAGCCCCGUCGGACGCGACGCGGACUCCCUGGCCUCUCAGGCCGACGCCCUGAAGGGCUUCCUGUCCCGUCUGGCCGACCUCAGGGCGGAGCUGGACGGUCACACGUCGGACUGCACCACCAUGCUGCGGCGGGAAGGCUCCUCCCCCGACCUCCUGGCUCUCAGGAGGGAGUCGGAGGCUCUGAGCCGCCAGGCGGGCAAGCUGAGCGAGCGCGGCCAGGCCAGGUUGGACCAGAUCGAGGAUGCGGCUGAGAGGGUCCGGGAGUUCUACAGGCUGGUGGGCGAGCUGCAAGGCCUACUGGGAAGGGCUGAAGACGGGCUGAACUCUCAGGGCAUGGUCGGCACAGAGGUGGAGAUGAUCAAACAGCAGCUGCAGGAGUUUAAGGCUGUGGAGAGAGAGCAGGUGGACAGCAUCCAGCCGAAGCUGCAGCACAUCAACGCAGUAGGUCAGGGCCUGAUCCAGAGCGCCGGCAAACACACCGACACUCAGGCUCUGGAGCACGACCUGGAGACCACCAACCUCCGAUGGAACUCAUUCAACAAGCGGGUGGCAGAGCGCAUCGCCCAGCUGCAGGAGGCCCUGUUGCAUUGUGGGAAAUUCCAGGAUGCUCUGGAGCCUCUGCUGAGCUGGCUGAGCGACACGGAGGAGCUGGUGGCCAAUCAGAAGCCCCCGUCAGCCGAGUACCGCGUGGUCAAGGCCCAGAUCCAAGAACAGAAGCUGCUCCAGAGAUUGCUAGAUGACCGCCGGCCGACGGUGGAGAUGAUCCGCGCUGAGGGAGAGAGGAUCGCAGCCACGGCGGACACUCAGGACCGAGAGAAGAUUCGGACCCAGCUCCAGAGUCUGGCAGAGAGAUGGACCGACCUGCUGGACAAGGCCAUGGGCAGGCAGAGGCAGUUGGAGGAGCUGCAGGUUCUGGCUCUUCAGUUCCACGAAGCCCUGGAGCCGCUGGGAGAAUGGCUCAGUGCCACCGAGAGACGCCUGACCACCGCCGAGCCCAUGGGAACCCAGACGGCCAAGAUCACCCAGCAGAUCACCAAGCACAAGGCGGUCCAAGAGGACGUGUCCUUGCGCCAAGCCGAGGUCGACCGCCUCGAGUCGCUCAGCCAAUCGCUGACGCCGCUCAGCUGCGCGGCCGACCGCGAUUGGCUGAGCGAGCGAGUGGGGGCGCUCAGGUCGGGCCACUCGGAGCUCACUGAUUGGUGCUCCCGGCGGGCGGGCAUGCUGGAGCAGGCGCUGGCUAACGCCCAGCUGUUUGGGGAGGAGGAGGUAGAGGUGCUGAACUGGCUGGCGGAGGUGGCUCAGAGGCUGGGUCAGGUCUCCGUCCACAGCUACCGGCAUCAGCUGCUGGCCGAGCAGCACAAGCACGCUCUGUCUCUAAAUGAGGAGAUUGUGAGCAGGAAGAAGACAGUGGACCAGGCCAUCAAGAACGGACAAGCCUUACUAAAACAGACCACAGGCGAGGAGGUCCUCCUGAUCCAGGAGAAGCUGGACGGCAUCAAGUCCCGCUACGCCGAGAUGACGGCCGGCAGCAGCAAGGCCCUCCGCACCCUGGAGCAGGCCCUGCAGCUGGCCACGCGAUUUGCCAGCGCCCACGACGACCUCAACCAGUGGCUGGACGGCGUGGAGGCGGAGCUCAACAACGUGGAGCCCGACGCCACGCCCGCCUACCAGCACAGACAGAAGGAGUUGAAGAAAGUGUCGGCAGAGAAGCGCCUGGUGUUGGACACGGUGAACGAGGUAGGCAGCGCCCUGCUGGAUCUGGUGCCGUGGCGGGCCCGCGAGGGCCUGGACCGCCUGGUCGCCGAUGCCAACCAGCGCUACCGCCAGUCCGACGAAACCAUCACUCAGCGGGUGCAGCUGGUACAAGCUGCCAUCCAGAGGUCACAACAGUACGAGGAGGCAGUGGAUGCAGAACUGGCCUGGGUCGGGGAGACGGAGCGCAAGUUAGUGUCUCUGGGGCCGCUGAGCCUGGAGCCGGACGUAACUGUGGCCCAGAUGCAAGUGCAGAGGGCCUUCAACAUCGACAUCAUCCGACACAAAGACACCGUGGAUCAGCUGCUCGGCACCAAGGACGACAUCCUGGAGACGUGCAGCGACGCCCAGAAGGACGCACUGAUAGUGAAGACUGACUCCCUCAGUGCUCGUUACGACGCGGUGAGCCAGAGCCACAGUGAGCGCUUCUCAGCCCUGGAGCAGGCCCAGGUUUUGGUCGCUCGGUUCUGGGAGACCUACGAGGAACUGGAGCCGUGGUUGGGCGAGACCGAAACCCUCAUCACCCAGCUGCCACCGCCGGCCAUCGACACGGACGCUCUCCGGCUGCAACAGGACCAGAUGAGGCUGCUCAGGGAGUCCAUCGCAGAGCACAAGCCCCACAUCGACAAGCUGCUGAAGAUCGGGCCCCAGCUGGUCGAGCUCAGCCUCCAGGAGGGGGCCACCGUGACGCAGCGCUACACUGAGGCCGGAAAGCGCUACCUGGCCAUCAAAGAGGGGGUCAAAGGUCGUGCAACAACCUUAGACGAGGCUGUGUCCCAGUCUGCACAGCUGGUAGAGUUUCACGACAAGAUGGACCCCCUGUUGGAGACCCUGGAGGGGGCGGUCCAGCGGCUGCGGCAGCCUCCGCCCGUGGCGGCAGAGGUAGACAAGAUCAGGGAGCAGCUGGCGGAGCACCGAGCCCAGGGGCUGGAGCUGGACAAACUGCUGCCGAGCUUCUCCGCCCUCUGCGCCCGCGGCGAAGAGCUCAUUGGGCGAGCCGCUCACGACGAUCCGGCCGCUGAGGCCGUUCGGACCCGCCUCCUGCGCCUGCGCUCCCUGUGGGACGAGAUCCGGCAGCGGGCUGAGGAGCGGGAGGGGAAGCUCAACGACGUCUUGGACCUGGCCGGGAAGUUCUGGGCCGACGUGGCGGCGCUGCUGAGCACGCUCCGAGACUCCCAGGACAUCGUGAAAGAGCUGGAGGACCCCGGCGUGGACCCCUCGCUCAUCAAACAACAGAUUGAGGCUGCUGAGGCCAUUAAGGCCGAGACAGACGGCCUGAGGGAGGAACUGGAGUUUGUCAGGACCCUCGGAGCCGACCUCAUCUUCGCCUGUGGAGAAACUGAGAAACCUGAAGUCAAGAAGACCAUCGAUGAGAUGAACGCUGCCUGGGAGGGCCUGAACCGGACUUGGAGAGAGAGGAUGGAGAGACUGGAUGAGGCCAUGACGGCGUCUGUGCAGUAUCAGGACGCACUGCAGUCUAUGUUUGACUACCUGGACAACGCAGUGAUCAAGCUGUGCGAAAUGUCAACUGUGGGUACUGAUCUGGGAACCGUCAAACAGCAGAUUGAAGAGCUCAAGCAGUACAAGGUGGAGGUCUACCAGCAGCAGAUUGACAUGGAGAAGCUGUGCCACCAGGGGGAGCUGCUGCUGAAGAAGGUGUCAGACCAGACAGACCGGGACAUGAUCCAAGAGCCACUGAUCGAGCUCCGACACCUCUGGGAAAACCUGGGGGAUAAGAUCACCCACAGACAGCACAAGCUUGAGGGCGCCCUGCUGGCCCUGGGUCAGUUCCAGCAUGCCCUGUCUGAGCUGCAGGCCUGGCUCAACCACACACACGCCACACUGGACACACAGCGACCAGUCAGCUCUGACCCCAAGGCCAUCGAAAUCGAGCUGGCUAAACAUCACGUUUUGCGUAACGACGUUCUAUCCCAUCACGCCACCGUGGAGAACGUGAACGGCGCGGGCGCCGAGCUGCUGGAGUCCUCUCCCGGCGAUGAGGCCAGCCACCUGAGGGACCAGCUGGACCAUCUCCACCAGGGCUGGCAGAGCCUAUUGCUCAAGACCCAAGAGCGGCAGAAGCUACUGGAGGCCGCCCUGCACCAGGCUGAAGGUUUCCAUGGCGAGUUGGAAGAGUUCCUCCAGUGGCUGAGGAGGACGGAUAGCCAGCUGUCCGCCGCCAAGCCGACAGGCGGUCUCCCUGAAACGGCCAGGGAGCAGCUCCAGCAACACCUGGAGCUUCAGGCCCAGCUCUCCCAGCGAGCGGACCAGUACCACCGUCUGCUGGAUCAAGGAGAGUCCAUGCUGCUAGCUCGCGGAGGAGAAGAAGCCGGACCCGGUACCACCCAGACCCAGCAGAACCUGGCCAUGCUGCAGAACAAGUGGGCCAGCUUCAACAUCAAGAUGGACGACCGCAAGGCAAAGCUGGAAGAGGCCGUUUCCUUGGCAACAGGUUUCCAGACCUCUCUACAGGACACCAUCAACUGGCUGACCCAAGCUGAGCAGACAUUGAACAUGGCUCAGCCCCCCAGCCUCAUACUGGACACUGUCCUCUUUCAGAUCGAUGAGCACAAGGUGUUUGUGAACGAGGUGAACACCCACAGAGAGCAGGUCCUGGCUCUGGAGAAGGCCGGCUCUCAGCUCCGCUUUGCCAGCCUGAAGCAGGACGUCGUUCUCAUCAAGAACCUGCUGCUCAGCGUCCAGGCCCGCUGGGACAAGCUGGUCCAGAGGUCACUGGACCGCGGGCGACACCUCGAUGAGGCUCGCAAACGCGCCAAACAGUUCCACGAGGCCUGGAGGAAGCUGACCGACUGGCUAGAAGAAGCCGAGAAGAGACUGGACUCUGAACUGGAGAUCUCCAACGAGCCGGACAAGAUCAAAGUACAACUGGCCAAACACAAGGAGUUCCAGAAAGCCUUGGGCUCGAAGCAGCCGGUUUACGACACAACCGUGAGGUCUGGGAGGGCCAUGAGGGACAAGGCUCAGCUGCCGGCAGACACCCAGAAGAUGGACCACCUUGUAGGAGAGGUCCGCGACAAGUGGGACACCGUGUGUGGCAAGAGCGUGGAGAGACAACACAAGCUGGAGGAGGCUCUGCUGUUCUCCGGCCAGUUUGCAGAGGCUCUCCAGGCCCUGGUGGACUGGUUGUACCGAGUAGAGCCCCAGCUGGCUGAAGACCUGCCCGUCCACGGAGAUCUGGAUCUGGUGUCCAACCUCAUGGACUCGCAUAAGGCUUUCCAAAAAGAGCUGGGUAAGAGAACCAGCAGCGUUCAGGCUCUGAAGCGCUCGGCUCGGGAUCUGAUGGACACCGGCCGCGAUGACACGGCGUGGGUCAAAGUUCAGGUUCAGGAGCUCAGCAACCGCUGGGAUACGGUGUGCGCUCUGUCGGUCACAAAGCAAACCCGCCUCCAGCAGGCCCUCAAACAGGCGGAGGAGUUUCGCACAGCAAUACAGGUCCUUCUGGAGUGGCUCUCCGAGGCGGAGCAGACGCUCCGUUUCCGCGGCGUCCUCCCCGAAGAGGCCGAGACUCUGCAGGCGCUGCUGCACACGCAUCGCGACUUCAUGAGCACCGUGGAGGAGAAGAGGACGGGCGUCAACAAGGCUGCAGGCAUGGGAGAGGGCAUCCUGACCGUUUGUCACCUUGACUCCAUCACCACCAUCAAACAUUGGAUCACCAUCAUCAGGGCACGCUUCGAGGAGGUGCUGACGUGGGCCAAACAGCACGAGCAGCGGCUGGAGACGGCUCUGACCGAGGUGCUCAACAACGGCAACCUGCUGGAGGAGCUGCUGUCAUGGCUCCAGUUCGCCGAGACCACAUUGGUCCAGAAGGACACGGAGCCGCUUCCUCAGGACAUCCCACAACUCAAAACACUCAUCACAGAACACCAGAUGUUUAUGGAGGAGAUGACGAGGAAGCAGCCGGACGUUGACAAAGUGACGAAGACCUACAAGAGAAAACCGUCUGAGCCUCCCAGCAGCCUGGCUGAGAGGAGAGGAGCCCGCAAACAGCAGCAGCAGCAGCAGCAGCAGGCAGCCAUGCAGCUCUCGGGAGGAAACCCAAGACUCAACCAGCUCUGUGCCAGGUGGCAGCAAGUCUGGCUGCUGGCUCUCGACCGCCAGCGCAAACUCAACGAUGGUCUGGACCGACUGGAAGAGCUCAAGGAGUUUGCCAACUUUGACUUUGACGUGUGGAGGAAGAAGUACAUGCGCUGGAUGAACCAUAAGAAGUCUCGUGUCAUGGACUUCUUCAGACGCAUCGACAAGGACCAGGAUGGAAAGAUCACGCGGCAGGAGUUCAUCGAUGGCAUCCUGGCAUCGAAGUUCCCCACCAGUAAGCUGGAGAUGACAGCCGUGGCAGACAUCUUUGACAGAGACGGAGACGGUUACAUCGACUACUACGAGUUUGUUGCUGCUCUGCACCCCAACAAGGACGCCUACAGACCCACCACCGACGCCGACAAGAUAGAAGACGAGGUGACUCGGCAGGUGGCCCAGUGUAAAUGUGCCAAGAGGUUCCAAGUGGAGCAGAUAGGAGAGAACAAAUACCGGUUCUUCCUCGGAAACCAGUUCGGUGACUCUCAGCAGCUGCGUCUGGUGAGGAUUCUGCGCAGCACGGUGAUGGUGAGAGUCGGAGGUGGUUGGAUGGCUCUGGAUGAGUUCCUGGUCAAAAAUGAUCCAUGCAGAGUGCAACAUCCAGGACUUAAGAUUCUCCGCUCCGAUUCCAGUAGCUCCAUCUCAUCUCGUAUAGUGACAGUCACUCCUGGCUAUUUCUGCUGCCGAGCUCGCGGUCGCACCAACCUGGAGUUGAGGGAGAAGUUCAUCCUCCCUGAAGGAGCGUCUCAGGGUCUGGCCGCCUUCCGCUCCCGAGGUCGACGCUCCAAACCGGGCUCCCGCAACGCCUCGCCCACCCGCUCCUCCUCCUCGGCCUCCCACAGCGGGGCCUCGCUCCCCUCCGCUCCCUCCACCCCUGCCACGCCGACGGCCUCCGCAUCGUCCAGGUCCUCCCAUACUCACUCGCGUGACUAUGCCAAGCCCUGGCUGGCACACAGUAAAACUCCAACACCAACCAAGUGCCACUGCUGCCCAGAUCUCGGUCACGGCCUCACCACUCCUGGGCACGAGGGGGCGACGUCGGGCUCCAAACUGAAGAGGCCCACGUUCCACUCGAGCCGCGGCUCGCUGACCGGAGAGAACGGAGGAACGACGCACUCCUGCAAACCGUCACGAACCGAUCCCAAACGAGGGGCGUCCACAGCCAGCGGGUCGACCAGCCGAGCCGGCAGCCGGGCGGGCAGCAGAGCCGGCAGUCGGCGUGGCAGCGAUGCCUCGGACGCAUCAGAGCUCCAGGACGCUCGCUCCGUCUGCUCCGACGCCUCCGACACCCCACGGCGACCCGGGGCCAAACCCUCGAAGAUUCCCACCAUCUCCAAAAAGGCCCCCAGCCCAAAGAACCCGGGUUCUGCGAAGAAAUAACUCCAGCCACAGAGAAAUGUGGAGCAGAACCGUUGCCCCUCCGUCUCACAGAGGGAUGACUAUCAUCGGCCAUUUUCAGUGUACAAGCUCUUCAGCCUGAGAUCCAUCCACAGGGCUUGUGUAGAGUUUGUGCACUAUGACUGAUGAUAUUUUCCAGGGAAAGGAGGAGAUGGAUAGGAUGAGUAAAUCUCUUUCUCACUCUUUCCUCGGUCUCAUAAACGGACUGAAAACCUGCACAAGAGGAGUGGAGUUCUGGUCUGGCAGUCCGGGCUAGAACCCGUGGGGUCGAACUGGACUUUUCCCCUUUAAGACGCGACCCCAUUUUGCCUUCCAGUCUCCUGCUUCGUCUUUUAAACGUUCCCCCGCGUGGAACCGAACACCAAACUGACCUGACGUGACGCUGCCUUACUCGUACGCUGCUGUCCACAUCGGACAGAGCAACCGCUUUAUA